AUGAAACUGCUUCUCACGGUGCUGUUGUUGGCAGUCCUGGCGCAGAUGACCCUGGCGAAAACGGUUAAGAAGGAGGAGGUGGAGGAGGAACCAGAGGGGGAGGUGAGUGCGAAGGUGGAGGACGAGGGUGCAGUGUCUCCAACCUGCGGUGGCUGGUGGGGUGGCUGUCAUCACCACCACGGAUGUUGUUGGCGUCGCUGCUGCCACCAUCACCAUCACUGUUGCCACCACCAUCAUGGUUGGGGUUGGGGUUGGUAAACACGCAAAGUCCGCUACUUCCUCCUAUGCAAUAAAGUAAUACUAUCCUACUUUUCCUCUUUUUUGUCCCUUAAUCCGGCAAAACAUGUCAUCUGUGUAGUGAUUAAUUCUAAACCACAGGCAUUCUGCGGGCUGUAAGAAUUGGAUCCAUGUGUACUGUCGACCUCUUCUCAGAGGUUCUGUGAUCUCCGGCUUCCAGCGUUGAGGGGUAGACGAAGGUGGUUACGCCUUUGUUCAUCCGAUUUACACGUUUAAGCGUUCAUUUCGUGACAUUCCGAUGUAAAUUACAGUCAUAACAGACUAUCCGCGGAGUCGUCUUCAGCAUUGUGUAGAGGAAAAUUUAGCUGAGGUUUUAUUUUCAGUUAGUAUGAUCGUCAUUGUUUAGCAAUAGACUUGCUGACUCCGGUAGAGUGUAACAUUUGUAAUAGCAGGGUUUUGAAAUCAUCCACGGCAGUUUUUGUGUUUCGUGGCCCCUACGCUGGCAGUUCUUACCACUAGCUUCACUUCAUUACCCGAAGAUAUUUCUUCUUUUGGUACACGAACACCUUAAUCCGCACAUACAUUCCCACCUCCUUGGUGGUAGGACCACGUAAUUGACCACCGGAGGGAAUUGUUAAGUCUGAGGACGACUGGGUUUCGUAGAACCAGCCUAGGCAAAAAACGACUGCUUUCUCUAACCUGACUGCCGCACGAUGAAUCGCCGGCUUGCAUCAUCUUAGAGGUGAUCGGCUCUCGGAGUGAGCAGUGUCCAUUGACAUUGCGACAACUUGCAUUUGCCAAGGCAGUAUGUGCGUUCAGCAUGCAUCCCAGUAAUAAUAAAGAUGCAAAUAGACUGCUAAGACCGGGCAGCUCCGCCAUUUGUUUGCUGAAAGAGGAUGCAUGCUAAGGAGAUGACCGAUCUGCUUAUGCUUCUGGGUGCAUUGGCUAGAACUGAUGCCAGCUAAUCCAGCUCUAGAAUUCUCUGAAGUACAUGCGACCGCCCGCUGGACCCUCGGAGGCUUUAGGCCCAUUGGCGUUCUGUUCCCGCUGGGUUAAGGGUCGUCAGUAGUCUGUCUGCUGUUAGCUGGCUACCACGUCGAUGAUUUUGGUUCGGAGAGGAGGUUGGAAUGCAAACCUCGCGAAGGAAUUAACGACCUAACUCAACCGCUCAAGACAGCUGAAUUUUUAAAAACCUUUCCAAUUCCUGAAUAAUUUUGAGCCCCGGCCUUUCUUUACACUUGCAUUCAGGGUUUCCAAAAUAUAAGCUGUAUAUUUUCCACAUACGGAAAGUUAUCCAUUUCUAUACGGUAUAAAGAGGAUACCAUUGGUAAAUGCAGAGACAUGGCGCUUCAUGAACGGCCAUUUCACGGCAUUAAAAUUCGCACAAUUGGAAACUUUUUUAAAACCGAAUUAUACUCUUCCUUCGAGAAUAAAAUUGGAAGAAAACGUCAUUUACUGUUGAAUGAGCAAAGGAAUGAAUAUUUUUAUGCAUGAUUUUCAUGAAAUCUAAUUGAAUCUUUAAGGGCAUCGAAAAGCAAUGAGAAAAAUGCAUGCUACAUAGGGAAUUAUUUUUGCUGUUUGUAUGCAGCCGAGAAGAAGUUCGUGCGAUAGCCGGCAUCCUGGGGUAACUUACUUAUUUUAGAAUUAUGCCACACGAUGCUUAGAGUUACAACCCUACUUAAAUAAACUUUUCGAAACGAACACGCACUUCUGAAUUUCGGUUGACACUUCAUAAGUUAGCCCGCCUGCUGUAUGUUCAACAGAUGACCGAUGUACUUAUGCUUCUGAGUGCAUUGGCUGGAACCGAUGCCGGCUAAUCCAGCUCCAGAAUCCUCAGAACUACAUGCGAGCUCAGACCCUAACAUGCGGAUUCAAAGACUUUGACCUCAUUGGCGUUCUGUUCCCGAUCACAACGGCAGCUGAGUUAAGUAUCCUCUGCAGUCUGCCUACUGUUAGUUGGCUACCAUGGUGCUGGUGUUGGUUCAGACAGGGGAUCGGAAUACGGAUCCCUCAGACGGAUUACUCCAUGCUUCUUCGAACGACCUAACCCAAAUGCCCGAGAGAGCUGAAUAUUUUGGCGGACGUCGCCCUGAUUAACAGUUAGGUCUCACGUCUGAGGACAGUACAGUGAGCCAUAGCCGUAGCACACAGGUUGUCAGCACCACGAUCUUCCCUGUGUCAGCAGGGCUUAAAAGCCCGGUUUUUUCAGCCAAUGAUCAGACGGUAUUGUCCGCAGUUUCAUAGGCUUAAAUGUUUGUCAUUUCCAGCCUCUCAAGGCGAUCCUGUACAGGUGUGUUGUGGACAGAAAAUUUCGCAAGCGGAUGCUAUCAGACAAUUUUUCUUUUUUUCGCCGGCCUUGUACUAAAAGGCAAAAACGGAAACUGGAAAGAGUUAGUAUAUUUGGAGUAAAUGGCAGAAGCCUUUAAAACGCCAUGUAAACGGUAUGGAUGCAGAAAGGUCCGUAAAAGGCAUUAAGAAGUUAAUUUCGUUCAAGCCUCGCCUCUGCGGUUGACUGAAGCAAGCUAACGACUUCACUAUUUUGCAUCUGAGGAAAUAGGAAAGAACACUUAGUGUUGCAUGCCUGACGGUCUCGAGUUAAUUCCUACACAACGGUAUACUGAAAGCCGACUGAACAUCGUUCCGUGAGGGAGCAGGAAUUUCCUUCGAAAGCAACCAGCUACUUAAGUAGUUUAGAUACUGAUGAAUGACUUAAUGAGUCUGUAUAAGUCCAUUUCUACUGCAUAUAAGACUUUUAAGGACAUUGCGCUGUCCUCAUUGAUUUGACCUAAAAGAAAUAGCAUCCUCAUGGCUGGAAUAUCCGAAUGCUUUGAAGGGGGAAAAAGAUGAAACCAUUUAGUGAACACCGGUCGUCAGGGCUGAUCAUGCAAUGCAACUGCCAGCCUCCCCUCAAUCCUUUUUUGCGACCUCAUCCGAGCAUUAUCUUCCAUUUUAAAGCCUGUCAAAAAGUCUGGACCAGUGUCACGAGAGAUUCGACACUUACCAUAAACUAGAGGACGUUUAGGCCAUUCUCUUCGGGUUAAGUACCGGUCCUUUCUCGUUUCUGCCCAAUCUAGGGUGGUAGCUUGGUAGGACCUAAACCAGACUUUCACAUUUUCCGUGUACAAAUGAACUGUUUAAAACGCUUUUAGAGGCCAUUCAUUAACAUGUCUUCCCUCGAGAAAUUACACGCUAGGAAGACUUUUUGUAUUGCGUGCGAAAUUUCAAAGCUUUUGUAAAUCACCUGAUUUUGUUGAUUUUAUUUACGAUGUUGUGCUGUCAUCCAACAGGACUCACAGUUACAUAUUUGAUAAGUACACUUGGACUUACAUGCGGCAUCUCUGAAUACCAUAAUAUAUUGACGGUUAUAUGUAUCAUGAAAAACUUAAGGGUUCACGAUCCAAUCCCGCAGGAGGGAAGGGACCACGCUCCAAUGGGCGGAUUUAAAAUGAAAACACCAACGCCGUAAGAUGAUCAGAGAACCUGCACGACCACAGACCUGCUACCUAGCCGAUUGCCCUCGAAAUCAGGGCACCUUCGGCGUUGAUUUAGGCUCCAACAGAACUGGAGACUUUCAUUCACAUAGGAUUAGCUAAUCACAAUUCUUCUGUAAACGACAGUCCUGUUUAUGUAUGCUCACUGCCAGCUAACGAUCGGUGUCACCAAACAGGCAUUUAGCUGGCAUGCGCGCAUUUCAGAGCUCAGUUCGCAGGGCAUCUAAUAUGAUACCUGUCAACUCCCACAUCGAGAAAAAGACAACAGUUUUCUAUCUCCAGUUUGCAUGGAAAAACUGGUUUUCCUCCUGAAUCAGGUUUCUUAAAAACAGUAAGGGACAGUCGAUUGCGCAAAACGUAAACGCCUUAAUCGAAGGCUCUCGUUCAGAACAUCCGGGAAAUAAAGUACAUCAUACCCUGGAAAGGUCCCAGGUGGUCUGGACAUACUCACAUCUCGGCGAGAGGGGUGCGCGUUCCCAGGAGACGGGGUAGUUGGUCAAAAAGUCACAGCACAUGGGACAGGCGGAUAAACAGACCCGGAAGAGAGAUGGAGGUCCCCAUACAAUUUGGCACAAACAACUUGAUAGGGUCCUAGGGACUUUCAAGUUUCCUAAGUAACUUCUCCUGCCCGCGACUAAGAGACCCCAUAAGCGUCAACGAAUUUCGAAACUCAUGUGUCUCUAUCAUCGAUUUACGACCUUAGCCUUGUUACACCACUGACAGUUCGACCGCCCAACACUCAGGUAACUGUGGUUCAGCUUAUCAGCAAGGCUGUGAUUAGUACGGUCACACUGAGUACGGUAGGCUUCCCCCAGCGCUACACUUCAACGCACCGCCACGUUACAUGCCGCUUGGAUUCUAAGAAAACGACGGUUGGGUGGUUAGUUAAAUUUCGCCCUUCCUAGUCCGCACUCCCACCAGAACUCCAGCUCAAAAUUAAGUCAUGUAAUUCGCAUAGCUUAAACUUCAUUGUAACCGUUUUGGCCUGAUGAAGAGUUACUGAAAACACGUGUUCGCCAAAUUGACUUUUCAAAAUUAAUCACUUGAUGUAAAUCCAAACAGUUCUCUGACAUCACAGAUUUGACCUGUAGUUGAAGUAGACAAGGCACAAGUAAGUGACAACCUCUUUAUUAGCUAACAGGAAAUGACGCACUAUGCGUGUUUACCAACCCCAACCCCAGCCUCCACAAUGAUGGUGGUGGUGGCAACAGUGGUGAUGAUGGUGGCAGCAGCGACGCCAGCAACAUCCGUGGUGGUGAUGACAGCCACCCCACCAACCGCCGCCGCAAGCUGGAGACACUGCACCCUCGUCCUCUUUCGCACUGA